CGCUCGCAUAUGUUUAUUUAUUAGGAAAAUAGUAAUACAUGCGAUCCUCCUCACAUACCAACGUCCUAAAAUUGACUAUGUAAAUAUUAUUAAUAUACUUUCAUUACAUCAUUCUUAGCCUGAGUAAUACUUGCAACUAUUCCCCAUAAAGUCCUCCUCUUGCUGCCAAGUCCCACGUCCUUCACGUCCAUUUCAUAGGGGCGCGUCCGAUUCGCCUCGAAAACCGGCACCGGGAGCCUCGGUUUUCUUGGCCAAAUCUGACCAUUACUUGUUCGACAAGCCGCACAUUGUUAUAACUCCAAAAAAUGACCAAUUGUUAAAAAUCAGUUAUAUGUGCACGGAUCGUGAAUAUUCUUAGAAACUACGAAAUGAAGUAGCAGAAGUAUAGUACAUCAGGGAAUGGAGAGAUGAACUCGGCCUAAUAAUAGUAUAGAACCGAUUAUAUACAUGUGUGAACGGCUGAACACUUAGACUUCCAUGAAACAUUAUAGUAGACGACUGAAUCAGGAUAUCAGCCUUUGAACACUAAAGUAGAACAAUUGGAUUAGUUCUUCAAUAGUAAACUAAGUGUAUGGUCUACUACAACGAAGCUCUAGCCACAGAUACUAGACUACAACUAAGUGUCUCGAUUGAUUUAAUAACCUUCUUUUUUUUCGAUUUGACCUACUAACUCCAGAAUGGGUGAUUGCUUCAGCGAUACAACGUCAUCACGCAUAAGUGGCAACACUCCACGCAAUGAGCUUCGAACGCCUUCGAUGUGUUAUAGACGACGCUAUUGCCCAAUUCUGUCUUUUCUCUAUGAAUGGAAACUAGAAAAGUUCCAGAAGGAGUAUACGCGAUUCCCCGCGCUUCAAUUUCUCGACCAGCCGAAACAAAUCAAAUUGAUGGUAGCACUAGGAACGGAGGGAACAAACGUCGAAGUUGAACGUUGGCUGAUCGCACACUAUGGAAGUGCAGCAUACCCCAUAAAGCUGGAGCACGACGCGGAAUUGCUAUAGCAAGCACGUAUAAACAAACAAUCCACUACCAAUCGGAUCUAGCUAGAUAGUGUGUACUUUCUGCGCUGUAUCAUUUAGACGAACAACACUUGCCAAUGCGGAUACCCACACCAAUGCGUCGCGAUAGAGGUGACAUUGUCCUUGCCCGAGCGGCAGAUGGAAAAGAAGUCAACGAAUCUCUUCGACUAGAAGCACCACCAAACCUCUCAACAAACCCUGUUGAUCCACGCCUUAUGGUUAUUUGAUUACCGUCAACAGAUGGAUGCGGGGAACCGUGAGACAAUAAGUGACAGGGAUGAACCCUUGCCUUCAAACGCCCCUACCGAUGCCUAAACCAGAGCAGUCUUCUACCCCUCAGCUUAUUGCCGACUAAUGGAGGGCAUAUGAUGUUGGCCUUCAGCAUCGUAAGGCGGACGAUGCAGUUUCAUUUAUGCCUUAGCGCACCUCAACUGAUCCUAAUAUGAUCGAUCAAUGGUUGCUCUAAAGCAUGGACUUGCUAGAACACUUGUCGAUGGGGAGACCUUUCGUAAAUGUCCCACAGCUCGGUGAAGCAGCCGCGGGGACCACGGGAUGCUUUUCAGUCUAGUGGCGAUGCCACCGAGUUCAAUGAUAGUAUUAUCUGAUCGGCCACAGGUCGCUGGCACACACAAACAGCUGACCGACAAAAGCACUUUUACCUGCCCCAACGGCCCUGUUGGUUUCUUAUGGCGAUAUAUCCAGAGGUUGAUGGAAGACUUUCCCAAUAUUUCGAUAUGCAUGUCGGUCAGACACGCCUCUCAGUUUAUUAACCUCCUUGACUGAAUGGAGCACCUCCGGAGAUGCAGCGAAAGGUCUGGGUUGAAGGUUGGACAUAUCCAGUGACGCUGAGAAACAGGGAUGUUUCAAGCCUCAAACAUUGUACCCUUUAAAGCUACAACAGUUGAGUUGCGGACCCGCUCAUCUCAGUUUGAGGCAAAUGUUUACCAAAUUUAUGGACCAAAUUGUACAAGCUCCGCAUCGCAAUGUGAACGUUCAUAACUACUGCGUACUACGAUAUUUUAAAGAGGGGCUAUUACAAACACUCGACCUGUAUGAGCCUACGCACACUACGGCCUACUCCACUCGAAAGUUAUCGGCGACUGCACUUGAGCAACACAUAGCCUCAUCGACUAAACGCAGCCGCAGUAUGUCGCCCGGCUUUACGAACUAUACCUACUGUGGCAGGAGCCAGUCCGAGAAUCACGAUGAUAGUGACCGAUGAUCGUGACCGGCCAUCUAAAGGCUGUAGCCUGAGCACGGGUUGUGGAUACCAAUCGGACUCCGAACAUAGGUGCGGCAAUAGUCGCCAGCAAUCAACUGGCAACGGCGGAACCUAUCCAGACCGAGCUAGUGGUGUGACCGCAAAAGCUUCACUCCUGGGACCCACCAACCUCCGCCUGACAUCUGCGACAUCACAAUUUUUGUGAAGCUACAGCGACCUGCAUUUCCCGCUAAUUGAAUGCAAGCACAACAUAUGACUGACGAAGAGACGACGCCCUACGCUCAGACACCACACAGUCCAACGAAAACCGACAUUCUGUUGUUUUCCGACAGCAGGUAGCAAUGUCAAAACUCGACCGCCAGCUGAAGUUUGCCAUCACCAAACUAUACGAGGGUCUUGAACGUUUCAUUGAGGUCUUUGGCUCCACUGCCAGUCUCCUUCCGUUCCAAGAAGUUUCUGUAAGAGUGCAAUGUAGUAGACUUUAAAUGAAGUGCAAAUGUAUUUAAAGAGCGGUGCGUUCGAAUGAAUUUAUUUAUGAUCUCACCCUCAGUUAUAUACUGAUAGUAUUUGUACGAGUGUUCAACCACUAGGGUUGGCCAGGGUAAAAACUCAUAUGU